AUGUCACUUGUUUGUUUACAAUUGAUGAGAUGUAAUAAACAAAGACUCUCAAUAGGAAAUCUAUAUAGAAAAUUUCAAACAUCGAAUUUAUGUUUAUCUCAAAAUAUAUUUCAUGUACAAGAUGAAGCCGAUUUUCAAACGCAAGUUCUAGAUAGUAAAAAAACAUUUCUAGUCAAUUUUCAUGCUAGUUGGUGUGGACCAUGUAGAAUUCUCGCACCUCGAUUGGAAAAACUAAUUACUAAUUAUAAUAAUGAUGCAAAGAGUUCAGCUGGUGAUCAACAUAUUGUAUUGGCUAAAGUAGAUGUGGAUAAAUUCGAACAAUUAAGUAGUAAAUUUAAAGUAAAAGCAGUACCGACAGUAUUGGCCAUUAAAAAUGGUAAAGAAAUCAGUCGAUUUACUGGUCUUAUUGAUGAAGAUCGAAUUGAAGCAAUGCUUGAUGAACUCAAUCGUUGA